GAAGACGACUGCCUGUUGUUUGGCUGAGUGCUGGCUAGCGAUCGUAGUCACCGUGCACUGUGUGUCUGGCCGUCUGUGUGUGUGUGUGCCAUCGUAAUCUAUGGUUGGGGCUCUACUCUACGUACGUUUCGUCGUCAAGUUGGUUUGCCGCCCUUUAGUGUCUCCUGUGGGCAAGUGUGCUUUCCGGCUGAUUCCGUUUGUGAGAGUCGUAUCAAAGAUACGACGACAGCCUUGCUCGCUAAAUCAGUCAGUUGUGCUGUUAAUCUACUGUGGCGAGUCCCGCUGUUGAUGAAGGAGACCGAGAGUUCUAUUCGAUGUGUUUGGUGAAUAGCAGUGAUGAGUCGCUGUCACUCUCUUUGUUGAUUGCAUGUUGUAGCCUAGCAGGACUUACUUACUCGCGCGAGGGACGUCAAUGAACCUAAGUCAGUGAGUAUUUCCAGUGUUGAGGGUGCCUGCUGCCGUGCACGGGUUGCACUUGUUAUUUAUUAUUAUUGUUGUUGUCAUUGUUAUUGUUCUUUCUCAUGUUCAGCCUACUAUCGCCCUAUUGAAGUAUUGUCGUGAAGUCGCGUGCUCGGUGUGGGUGUGCCUUUGACACUGUCGUCUCGUACUGUUUUGCUCGAAGGGUUGCCGGCGACUUUUUCUAUCAUGUGGUAGUUGUACUAUUAGCUGAACGGCUGCUGUUGCAGUACAAAACACCUAAUCGGAGUCCAGCGUGCUCAGUGUUGAAUGCUCCACUUUGUAUCGACGGCGCUAACGGCUGUAGCGGCAAUCGAGGUGAUCUCUGUGCCAUUAACCGUGUUAGAUUGCCACCAACCAAGAUAGUACGAACCGUCGUGGUCGAGUGGAAUACUUCAAAAGUGACAGUAAUCUGUUUACAUUCUUAGGACAGCAGCAGUGGCGGCAGGAACAAGGCGCUGAGGCCUGACCAGCUAAGCAGCGAUUUUUCUUGGUUUAAUACGAUGCACACCAAUGGAUGGGAUGUGACAACAGCCCAGUAACUUUCCACACUGCUCAAGAUUCGAAAUAAGUUACGGCUCUAUGUGCGUGUACAUACGUCGCUUUUAGAACGAAGCGUCCACCGAAUCGAUUACAAUAGCAACAAGUUGCUAUCUGCUAUCUAACAAUUUGAACAAAAAAAAAAGUCAUCCCGAACUAAGACAAGUGACAGCAGUCAAGGGGCUCCUGGCGGGAGGACAACGGACUGCGAAAGAUUUCUGUCUUCUCCUGCUCGAUUUCGAUCCGGCUAUAUCAGGAUAGCCUUGUUUGUGAGAGCUGUGUGUUUUUGGUCUGCACGCACAUACUGUCGUUGUUAUCAAGCACGACAAAAAAGUGCAACGCUUUGGAUAAAUUCCUUAAAAUCUCUACGUAGAUUAAUGAAGAUAUGUGUUUGUGAAUGUCGUGGCUUGAAGACCGAAGGAGUGAUCACAGUUGUGAUUGGUGCAGUAGUAAGAAUAAACAAUCAUAUUAAAUAUAGAACAGUUCGAACGGCAAAAAAAGUGAUUGCGACGGAACGUUGGUCGUGAGUCGGCGUUGCCGUGUGUCGGUGCUAAUUUGCCCAACGUCACCGAAGCCGCGGUAGCCAAAGGCGUCCAAAUCACAGGCGACAGUAACAAGACAAAUAAAAAGAGAGGCCAUUGUCAAAGGCUAACGGAAGAGGCGAAAAAAUUGCACCAAAUCAGUAACAACCCACCGCUGCUACCGCCGAAACGAACAACUCCACCGUCACCUUAAACACAAAUUGGUUAGUGGCGCUUUGUCCUAUCUGUUUUUCCGCCGACGGCAAAAGCACCAUAACUGGCUCCUUGUUUUCUUCAAUUACCUAGGCUGCAGUAGAGCUAUCAACAACUCGAACGACAAUAGCCCCUAUUCGUGCUACUGAUCCAAGAAAAACAAAUGGUAGAUUAGCUCACCACUUCACAAUAAAAGCAGAACGACCCUACACCUUAUAUUAGAUUACUAAUAAUACCAAUAGAAGGCAGACGAAUUCUCAUCAGCGGUUCCCUGUUGCAUCUUGCCUGCAGCAACAACAACAACACACUGUCCACUUGUCAGCGAUAGAUGGACCACGGUGGUUAGGACACUCAUCGAAAUUUUCUCUGGGUCGGGCCCACGCUAAUGAUAACUGAACAAGAAAAAUCGUGCAGCUUUAAUUGAUUGAUCCAUGUGGGGUUUAAGAAAAUAAAACGCUAGAAGUAGACGACUGGAAAAACAUAAGAACAAGUUGUUGGGUCUUAUAUAUAUAUAUAUAUAUAUAUAUAUAUACAGAGAGAUCACAGAAGAAGAGUUAGUGGCCUGUGAGUGUAUUUUUCUGCGCAUGCACAAAACAAGCGGAUUUCGUUGUGCAGGUUAUUUAAAAAACACCCAUCCUUUAGGACGAGCACACAGAGGUGUGUAUUCAUAUUGACUGAAAGGAGUGUCGGUGAGGUGUAUACGUGUGACGAGCAUAACGUCAAGCUUAAAAGUGUGCCGCACUCAGAAGUGGCUUGAGUCUACCCAAAAAUUCACAGUUAUUCAUUGCUAUAACUAAGCUAAAAAUAACAUAGCGAAACCCAAACAAAUCGGAUUCUAUGAGUGUGUGUCAGAUUGACGGAUAUCUAGCCAUGCUGCCCAGGGUUGGGCUUGCCAGUCAGAGGUAAGCGCGGGUCUCAUUGUCGAUUGUGAGAAACUACUAUAGAGUGACGGAACGCGCAGCUGAUUUGGAGGCAGGCGUAAAAGGAGCCAUGAAGGAUAUUUUGUUGUAGUUGAAAAAUCCAAAGUGAUUCUGUUUCUAUCACAGCCUCCGCUGGACUUCGCUAGGAUGGAACAACUUGCGGCACCCUUCAUGGUAAGAGUAUUGAGCAAUUGAGUAUUAUCAAGUCGACAAACCCACUACCACUAGCGGUGCCACAGCACAAAUCAUGUGGAGAUCCUACGGAGCUAGCACGUCAACCAGAUUUACGGCUGCUGCAGCAGCUGCGGCGAGUGGAGCUACAGCCGCAGCAGGUUCGUGCAAUCGCAGACUCGCGCUGACCGGUUUGAGCUGCGGUACCCCGUUAGGACUCCCGCCGACCGCAGUGGAAUGGUUUGUGGCUAAAGAGGCUUGCGCCUCACAAACGAUGUGGUCGUCACCAACUGGCCAAGACACAGCGACAGAGUUCCAGGUGAGCCAAGCGGCUCAAUUCAUCCAGAAUACGGCACCUGGUCACAAACGCAAAGAGCGAGGCACAGAUGAAUUAUUGACGGUGAACGGCGGUAUCGGAACUGUGACCGACACCAAUAAUGACAAUGCUAAAAAGAUUCGAAUGGAGAAGGCCGCAGCGCAGAAUAACAACAACAACAAUCUCGUCACAGCCAAUAAUAACAAUACGACCACAGCUAAUAACAACACGAACACCACUAAUGCUUCCGUUAAUAACACAUCGAGUACAAAUCUCAACAAUAAUAACAACGGUAGCGGCGUCCAGGCCACAUCGCCUGCGCAGACCACGGCCGGAGCCGGAUCUCCAGCCACCUCGCCGCCGCACGCGUCAAGAGUGGUGCACCUCCGUAAUGUACCAAACGAUGCCACAGACACGGAGAUCCUCCAGCUUGGAAUUCCUUUCGGCAAAAUCACGAACAUUCUUCAGCUGAGGGGCAAAAAUCAGGCGUUCCUCGAAAUGGAAUCCGAGGCUUCGGCAGCUCAAAUGGUUGAGUACUUUGGCAAGACUUCAUCUCAACUUCGUGGACGCACGAUCUAUGCGCAGCACUCGAACCACCGCGAGCUGAAGGUGAAUGACAAUAGCGUAGGGAACUCAAUGUUAUUGAACUCAACUCAGGUGGCGCUGGCAGCUGCACAAGCGCUCAUGGGACUCCAACAACAGCACGGUCUUUCACCGCGCACAAAUGGAGAUAUCGCCGGAGAUCUCAGUCCGACGCAUAAUGCCGUCGGAACCGGAAAUACCGUCUUGAGGGCAAUGAUUGAAAACCAAGUCUACCCCGUUUCACUGGAACUUCUUCAUAAUAUUUUCAGCCGUAUAGGAAAGGUGCUCAAAAUUGUGACCUUCAACAAAAACAACACGUUCCAGGCGCUAGUUCAGUUCUCGGACGCGAUGGCCGCCCAGGCCGCUAAAAUGACUUUGGACGGCCAGCACAUCUAUAAUGGAUGCUGUACUCUGCGUAUUGAGUACUCGAAGCUACAACAGCUAAACGUAAAAUAUAACAACGACAAAAGCCGCGAUUUCACCAACCCGUCACUACCUACAGGGGAUCCUGCAUUGGACACGCUGGGCUUAGCCAACCCGCUUGGCAUGUUACACUCGCCAUUCGCAGGCCUUAGUUCGCACCUUUCGGCAGCGUUCGGUACACAGGGUCUUCAGGGCCUACCAAACAUGCAGAGUCUACCCGGACUGGGUUCGUUCGCACUUAAUCCGGCCGCUCAGGCCCUUGGAGUUGCCGGUCUCAGGCUGCCUGGCAAUCCGCAGUCGUGUGUGCUGCUUGUUUCGAACCUCAAUGAACAGACCGUCACUCCAGACGCCCUCUUUACGCUUUUCGGAGUGUACGGGGACGUGAUCCGCGUAAAAAUUCUGUUCAACAAGAAGGACAGCGCACUUAUCCAGAUGGCUGAGCCGCAGCAGGCACAACUAGCCAUGACGCACCUGGAUAAGAUUAAGCUGUUCGGCAAGCAGUUACGCGUUACACCUUCAAAGCACCAUAUGGUGCAACUGCCCAAGGAAGGACAGCCCGAUGCCGGCCUCACCAAGGAUUACAUCAGUAGCUCACUGCAUCGUUUCAAGAAGCCAGGUUCGAAAAACUAUCAGAACAUCUACCCACCUUCAGCUACACUUCAUCUCUCCAAUAUUCCGCCUACGUGCAGUGAGGAACAGAUUCGGGAGUCGUUCACGAGCUUAGGCUGUGGCAACAUCGUCGCCUUUAAAUUCUUCCCGAAGGACCGCAAGAUGGCGCUUCUUCAACUACCCUCAAUUGAGGAGGCGGUUAUCGCUCUGAUCAAAAUGCACAACUUCCAGCUGUCGGACUCAUCGCAUUUGCGCGUCUCAUUUUCAAAGUCCACCAUCUAAAAGCAUCAAUUAUUACUACCACCAACCAACGUAAUCCAUCAAUCAACAGAUCAACCAAUAUCAAAGACAACAACAACAACAGCAACUUGUUACCGAUCAGCCACGACCGCAAAGUUCAGCCCAGUCCAUUUAGCUAAAUCUAAUAUACGAGAUACAACGUUAGACGGAAAAAUCGUUGCCCAAUUAGGCAGGCCCAUUUCAGGUUACCUAUGGACCGCGCUAGUGUUCAUGAAACACAAUGGCAGCGACAACGGACACGCUGGCAUGAUUCAGCGUUGCCCUGCAUGAAGCCAAACUGUUUAUAUGCGUCAGCCUACGCCAGCCAGGACACGGUAGGGGCGAAUUGUUCCAGCGGUCCGAAACCAUGCAACCCACCAGCGUAGCCCACCCCUUACGUCGCCAGUGAUGAAGCCCUUCAUGUCCCAACUAGCUUUCAUGCGAAACAUAAAAGAUAUACCUUGACGCGCGCUCUUACAUAGCAACGGCCACAAGGGACCAAACAAGCAACAUUCGUUGGCUAGUCGGGCGUUAAAAGGACAUGAGGCCUUCUCAUUAUAUAUAUAUAUAAUGUUAUGACUUCUCAUGGACCGGACCAUAUCGUCAAGUUACUGUGGGCUAAGAAAGUCUGAUCAGAGGCCGCAUGUUCACGACGUUAGGUGUAGACUAAUCAGGUCAGAACACUGUUUUAAUGCUAAGCGCUGCGUACGCACGGAAAAACCAUUGGUGCCAUGCUAACGUGAAGAAGUUGUGACCAUGCCAGUUGUGGCUGUAAUUGAAAAAAAGACGGAAAUGCGACAAUAUAUAGAUGUGCCUACUUCGAGUAAAAGCAAUCGAUUGGAUAGGCUGACGAAAAAUGAAACAGCAGCAGAUGUUAAGAACCAGCGGACUUGUAGCAGACGGCCGAUACGUUCACGCGAAUUUAAUUUGAAUAGUGUGUAAUUAUGAUUAUUGCUAUCGCUAAUAUUAUAGUUUGCUUUUUAGACAGCUGUAUAGUGGACGAACAAAGGGAGUAUUCCAUCUAGGGGCUAUGACCACAGGUCGAUAGAGAAUGCUUACGAAGCAAGGGCGUUGUAAAGUUGCAGAAGAUACGCAGCUGAGUGACAUUUACGGCGCAAUGAUACCUAAAUGCCAAAAUAUCAAAAUUUCAUUCGUAGUGUACAAACAGAAACAGAAAUAAUUUCUGAACUGUGGACGCUGUUAAUGAAUUUCUAUAGCAGCAUGAUGAGACAGUGUCCUCUUCGAUCCGCAAAUGGAUUUUGUCCAACUGCUCACUCGUAGCGAUCCGCUUCGUAUUAUCCGCACACUACGAUCGUAUGUAUAGCAACGCGUACUGUGAAAUCUGUAUUGAUUGCGUCUCUGUCCAAUGCAGCAUGCACUUAUUGUUAUUACUCUUAUUAAAACUAUAUCAUCUUCAUUAAGGUAAAAGAAAAAUUUUCCUAUUAUGUUUCUUUUGUGAAUCGUCGUCUUUUUUGUGCUCAUGAUUUCGAUUGAACAAGCAACUAUUGUGUUUUUGUUGUCGUUAUGGAUAAUCAACAAGUCCACCCAUUCACUUCAUUUAUUUUGCGCUUCCGCUUCUUUCACAACAUCUAUAUAUAUAUAUAUAUAUAUAUAUAUAUAUAUAUAUAUAUAUAUAUAUAUAUACAUAUACAAAUGAAAUAUAUUAUUACGCAUUUACUUCUAUAUACAUAUGAUUUGAUUGGUGUGAAAAGAGAGACUGUCAUAUGGCGAUCGAUGUCAGGACAUCUCUCGUUUCGCCGUCCAGAAGUCUGAUGUCUGAUCGAGCAGCAUCCCUCACAUCCCCUGCUAUUCGAUCACUCGCCGCGUCACCUCGUUCUGGGGUAGUGUUUCUGUAUUUCGCCUACUUUUCUGGUUCUUUUCAGAGCAACAGUAUUCGCUCGAAUGGCGUAUAGCGUAAUAAGACCGCGUUGUAUAUGAUAUACGGCGGCAAGCAAGAAAAUCAAUAAUAAUAAUAAUAGGGGCAGUAGGAAAACUGCGAGACAUGAAAAAACGAGCGUGCAAAAUGCAAAGUAAUGCAUUCACAUUUAAAAUGUUGUCUAUAUAUAUAACGUUUCUUCGUACAUGCUAAUACAAGCAGUAACGUGGGGACAGUAACAACUUACAACCGAGACACUGAAACAGACAAACGUAAAAAAGUAAGAUUAACUAAACCAUAUUGUUAUUAAUAAAUCUCCGGAGCGAGCCAAUAUCGUCUUGCCGCCGCUAACAGGAGAGUCCGCAUAAUCAAUAACAACCAAAGCAGAUACUUGAAUGGAGACAUUAACGGCUCGCUCGGGUGAAAGACAAGGAAGAUGAGCUACUGAUUUUGUGGUGUUUUACUCGGAAUAUUCUUCGCUGCAGCUACUACAACGAGAAUCAUUACGUCGUAGUCCAAUGGUUACGAUAUCCAGUUCAGCCAAAUGUUGGGUGCUAUACGAAUGAAACCGUUAAUCUGCCCAUCUGUCGAGUGGGUCGUUUCACGAAGAAUGGGUUUCUAAGACUAGAAGUACUUUUUGCCAGUUUCUCAAAGUCGCACUUCUUCAAACUUUUGCUCGCUGCCCAUAAUCAUGGACAAGCUUUUGUUCUCGCAUAGCUCGUUAUGUAAUGAUUGAUAUCAUGGUUAUUUAUGUGCUUGUUUUAUUUCCACUGGCUCGUAAAUUGUUACACUAACUUCUUGCGGGAAGGGACUGCAAACGUUCUAUCAGAAUGCUAUUUUUCAGACUCGUUUAUUGAUUUUCGUCAGAUAGCAUUCUUGUCUAUGAAGAAACUGUUCAGAGCAGGUGACAGGUAAAACGUUUAGGUUGCAAAAUUGCAAUUGACACAUUACGAAUGAAGGGUUCUUGAUCAGGUACGCUAGUGUGCUGUUCCUGAAAUAGUGACCUGGCUAGAAUACAUGUCAGCUUGGCUUCCUAACUUGAAGUUCUCUUUUUAUUCUAAAAUGUUUGACUACGUUAUUGCGCUGUUGCGUCUCUAGCCAAUCUGAAUAGAAUCUUUGGUCAACGGCCUCUCGUGUCCCCGAACAUUUCAUUGAUCUUUUCUCACUGGAUUAAUUACGCUGAUAAUAUCGAAUUCAACGCAUCAUGCGGUCUCUGUUGUAGCAAAAACAACCAUUACUACGGCGGCGGCUGCUGCUACUGGGGUCGAAUUGUGCGCUGUGCUGAGUUUGCGCCGUAGAGCUCCAUUUGGUAAAUAAUGACGUCGAUGUCAGCAGUCGAGUCACUUGGACUUCGGGGCAUCUUGGGCACAAUUGGGUUUGGCGUUGGGCCCAACGCGUUGUGACUUUUUCGAACCUCUUUCGGCCUGGAAAACCUUCCCGUCUACGCUGACCCGCCUGAGACGCCGAUUUGUCCCCCCCCCCCCCACCCUAAUCACCCGUAAGCAGUAAAUCUUAUCGAACCUACAAACCUUAUAAACGCUCUUUGCAAACCUCGAUGUUGACGAGCAUAACCACUAGAUACAUAUGCAUACGAUAAUAUCAAAGAAAAAGAAAGACUAAGAAAAAAAAGUCCGGUAAACACGUGCGCUUUGAAGAUGGCUUUGGACGUACGGGGACAGGCCGGCUAAACGAUAGCAACAGCUUCGGAAAGUUGACAAAGGAACAAGACUAGAGAUUUCCCCGACUCAUCACAAAGACAAAGAGAUACAGACACGCCGAUUAGGGAAUUGACAAAAGAGGCAAAUCACACCUAGUCAAAAUGUAUUAUUGCUAUAACGAUGCCAAUAAUAACAAUUAUUAUAGGAUGAUAAUUAUUAUAGAGAUGAUGAUGAUGAUGAUAAAUGUGCUAAAACGAGAACAAGAACAAAAGAGAACCUACCAUUUGUUUAUAAUUAAUGCUGAUGAUGUUUAUGAGCUGAAAAUAUGGCUAUUAAUAUGGCUGCAGUAUAAAAGAUAACUUGAAAGCAUAUUGACGCAUAACAGUGCAAAGAUCAUGUCAAGACAGGCCUAAACAUAUGGAGAAAAGCAAGCCAGUAGCAGCAAUUGAAUGAAAAGAAGCAAAGCGGGGAGCAAGCUAGAUUGGGUGCUACCGUACACACCAAUACAACUAAGUAACCUAUUUACAACGAAAUACGAAACAAAUACAAUAUGAUUCUUGCCACGACAAGAACGAUGGCGUUUCUGAUACGAUAUAGUAGAGUCCGUUGAUGGUUGCAUUCGACGAAACUGACUCUAGGCAAAGCAAAUUCUAGGAGACACGUUAAAAUGGAUAGUGACGUUAACGCAACGUGACCCAUAACCACUCCAUACAAAACAACAUUUUACCAAAUUCUGGUGCAGCUUGAAAGUUUAUUCGUACCAAUACGCUUAGUGCGCUAUUGUUAUAAAUAAUAUUGUAAAAAUAACACUGAUGAUGCGAUGGUGAUAAAUAUGGAGAGCAUGUUAUUGAAACAACAAACACCAAACAUGGCGCGUUGCAACGGCAAGUUGUCCCUAGUAAUCUACAUAGAAAAAGACUUGAUUGCAUCCAAGUGUGAAAGCGAUAAGAGCAAUCUGCUCGUUGAAUCUUACGCUACUUUCGAGCAAUGAGGAUGUGCGAACCGAAAGAAAAACCGGGAGCUAAACACAGUAAGGAGGAGGAGAAAAGUACGAGAAAGAAGUGUACGCAUGUGAGCGUAAUUACGAUUAUUGUCACUACAAAUUAUACUGUCGUUAAUUAGAUGAAGCGAUCCACCAGAAAAUUGUCACAUUGCGAUAACAAGUUUUCUGAUUAUGAUUAUUGUUAUUACAUUAUCUAAGUAAAUAAGAAUGUGACGUUGCAAGGUGGAGUGGAAAAGAGAUCGAGAAGGAUUGGAUGCCGUAAUGUUUCUGAAUCUAGUGAAUUGACAAGCAUAAAUUCAUCUAAGUUUCUUUUUAAUUUUCAGUAGAAAAACCAAUAAGGAAGGGCAACAUAACAGUAAUAGACUACGGUAUAGCCGCCACCGCGUGAGGCGCCAAGAUAAGCGAAUUUCUGCAUUACAUUCAUAGCGCGCAUAGAUGCGUGUACUCUGAAAGUCUAGAGACAAACUCACUGACAUAAUUAAUCAGUACUAAUUACUAUUCGUUUAACUGAAUUUUAAGGAUAAGAUCUGAUCCAGGCGCUAGACCUCUCCGUCCAUCAGCCGCCUCGAGGUUGACAUGCGAUGAGCACUUGUUAAUUGAUCCUUAACUGUAUACUUGUAACUGUAAAUCAUGAUUAUGCUUAAUGUGAUCAUCAUACUAUAGGAGAUAGUCUGUAUUGGUGAGGAUUAUAUAGACAUUAAUAUCGGUACUAAUGAUUAAGAGAGAUAAUUGUGGUGCUAGACGUAGGCUACUAGCAAAAUUCAAGUCUUGGCGCGCCACGAUGGGCUUUCGCGCAGGCGGGAAAAUACAAACAACGACAAUUACUGGACAGCACAUGGUAAAGGAUAUGGUGAUGUGAAGUUUUGUUGUACGAUAAUUUAUAUACACAAUUAUAAUGGGUGCACGCGUUAUGUUAUUUGUUAUCAUAACAACAAUGAGGAAAAUAGGACUACAACGGGUUGAUUGAAUAAUAAUAAUGGUAAGAAUGGCAACAGGAUCUUGGUAAACAUACAAUUGAUCCGUUUGACGUUAUAGUGAAAUUCGUGUAGGGAGAUGCGGUCCCCGACAAAUGACUGGUCGUAUAAACUCAUAUAGAGAACAGUACUGGACGCCUAGAAUACAUGAUAAAACUAUUACGCAGCGCUGACGCUAUUUAGGUUUGUUGUGGUAGUUAAAUCUGCCCAAAGUGUUUUUUCUUGAGCGUUCAUUGGGAAAAAUGGUUUCUGACGGUCCAUGCAGCAGAUUCGGUGUCUUGCCGUUACGUGUCAUUGUAUCAUGUAUUUGUUUCCUGCGAACAUGCAUUGACUAACGGAGAGGAAAUUUUGGUUUCAUAAUAAUGACGAUGGUUAUUCUUAUUAUUGUUAUAGUGGCGAAACUAGGGAAAUACAUUUUCUUCCUUGCCAAAUUCAGCCGUCGAACAAGUGAAUACUUCUUUAUGUAACCCAUAUAAGAAACGCCUAUCGCGACGUUACUAAGAAUUGUCAUGAUGACGGGUAUGAUGAGAAUACGAAAAGUACGGACGGAAACGGAAGUGUGACGUUGGCUAAUUCAUAAUCAUGAGCUGAUAAUAAAAACGUGUUGAAUAUUCAUAUAUAGUUAUUAGUAUAUAAAUAUAUACAUGUAUAAUGGCAAAGGCGACAAUCGGCGUCUCGAAAAUGUGCUUACCUAUUUAUUUGUCAUCAAUGUUUAUAUCUUGUCGAAUGGCCGAAAGUCGCACUAUGGAUAGCAUAUCUAUCAGAGACGACCGAUGAAAAAGACUUCGUCGCAACCCCUGAAAAAACGAUGUUUAUCUUUAGCUUUGGCUAGAUGACUCGCAAGUGACACGUAAUAAUCAAUAAUAGAAAUGGGCGUGUAAUAACGAUCAAAUUGUAAAGCAGUGGUAUGUUUGAGCAGUCCACGCUAUGCGUACCAAAGUGUGUAAAGAACGCAGAUACGUGAAAGAAAAAUGUGACACUAUAUUACAUGGUAUCUCCUUACGUGUAUAUUUGGGAGUCACAUUAGGAGGCGGUUUAUCUGUCGCUUUGAUUUUUUCGAGGGGUUUGCGACGUGAUCGGGAAGCCUAACGGGUAUUUCAGUGGACAGCCUGCCCUUGUGCACCCACCAAGAUAAUGAAUAUUAAAGGGGUCAAAUGUAACCUAAGUAUUACCGUUGCACAUCCACACAUUAUUAUUAUUAUUAUUACAUUUGCUAUUCUAUUGAUAACUGAUCAUUACCGCGGACAUGUUCCGAGAAGUGAAGAUAGCAGAAUUAUCGCGUUAUUAUCAAAGUGAUGUUGAACUAGAUCACCUUAUUCAAGGUGACACCAUCGGCCGACGGAGGACGACACCGCAAACUGCUAAUAGCAUUGCACAUGAAUGAAAAAUAUAUAAAUUAUACUAAUAGAUAACUAUAUCACAAUUAUGGUUUACGCUUAACAAUAAAACAAGGCCAGGCAUACAUUCUACGAAAAAUAUGUACGGCGCUGGUGAUACGUUAGAGGCUGUGUAAUGUUUGAUGAUGCUAAUGAUAAUAAUAAUAAUGUGGAAUUGUGCGCGAGCAACGUGCUAGCACAUAAGCUUAUUAUAUAUACAAAUAUUACGAAUAUAUAAGUGUAAGAAAUGAUCUAGAUGAGUAGUUGAACCCUUUUUUUUCGAUUUUUGAAUAUGAUGCAUGUGCUCGCUAACAGACAGAGUCGCAUACAUAACCGCAGGCAGACGACCACAUUCACAGAAAGAUAAUAAUCAUAAUUAAUAGCAAUGUUUAAUAUGGCGGCGAUGAUGGUGACGAUGAUUAUGAUGGUAAUGAUAACGCUGAUAAACUAAGCAAAGUCGGACAGAAGCUAAUUAAUUUCAAAUGUAGCGCGGGAAAAGUAUUGCAGACAGAUUAAAUAUGCCGAUCACGAUGUUGCUAUUGACGAUACUGAAAUAAUAAUAAUAAUACUAUCAUUUAGUCUGACACAUAUUGAUGCUGAUGGUGAUGAUGAUGCUAUUGUUAACGGACUGAAAGAAAACACACCACUUUAAUUCUAAUUGGAAAGAAAAGGAUCAUUUGAAGGAUGCUAAAGAGCAAGAAAGACGAAGUAUGGUUGGCUAAAAUAUUUUCAUGUUGAAUACUAUUAGCUAAGCGCUGAUGGUCUGCAAGAAAAUGACGGAUAGAUGCUGACGUGCUCCCCGAGAGGCUUCGAUUGACCACAACACUGUUAACAGCAACAGUCGCAGUGAAUAUCAGACCGACUAUACGAACAUGAAGCGGCUCCGUAAUGUCUCUCUCCUAUGAAGUCGCGUCUGUCCAACAGUCACACUGUAUUUUCUAGCCCGUGGAGAAGUGCCUUGACAUUAGCCUGGUGGGUGGAACACGACUAGUAGAUUAGUAGGAGUGAAUGGAAGGAAGGGAUUCAUUGAAAAGACUGAGGAGAGGCGUACUUUAGGUCAUACAAACCGUGAACGGGAGAAAGAAAAGUAGUGACAGAGCACUUGUGUUAUCACAUUUCUUGUCGAUGACAUACGUGAAAGAAGGGAAAAGUUCGUUGUGAAUGGUCGGCUGCAAAAGGGCGCUUUCACCCUCCCAGCUGGGUAAAGCGUUCUCCCGUUCUGUCUCCCUAUUGGGAACUGAAUCCUCUAUAGUUUUUGCGUAGAUGUGCGGUACUUUGGGUUAGCGUUAGGUAUCGAACUACACACAUAAAGGUAUAUAUAUAUACAUAUAUACCUUUAUAUAUAUAUAUAUAUAUAUAUAUAUAUAUAUAUAUAUAUAUAUAUAUAUAUAUAUAUGCAAUUAUCUAGACUCACAAAAUACAUCUGUAGACUGGAAUGAAGGAAAAAAAAGCGUUCAGAAAAACUGUCUUGGCGUCAAGGAAGGAACGAUUUAUUGAUUGACACGUAUCGAUUGUCGAAUAUUUGACGAGACGGAGGUGAAAUGUUUAAAAAUGAAAGUGGCUUAUUAGAGAAGAACAAACGCGAUGGUUGAUGGAUCAUUGUAGGCAAAAAAAACAUUGAUAAUAGUAAGAAACAAAAGUGUACAAGUAAAGGAAAAACUCACUAUCAUAGAACACCAAUAAGCAUAACGACGGAAUUACGAACUGAAUAUUACAACAGCUUCGUAACGAAAGGGAAAAGUAUCACAGAUGGAAAAAAAUACGGCACAGAGGAGCCCUGUGUGCUCUUGUAAUUUUAAUAUACACAAGAAUUUGCAACAGUACACAUUAUGCAUGCACACAUACAAAUAUUUCCAUGCAAGGGACUAUAGGCUGCUUUUGCGCGCCGAUUCCCUUUUAGCCUUGUCCAUAUUCAGCACUAAGAGUCGAUACGAUUCCUCGUCAAAGACAACAACAACAAUAACCCUAUAACCUAACAUAUCAGUAACCACGACAACCUUGGCCUCGAAACAAAUUGCAACGGUUAUUAUAUACAUAUGCAUACAUAUAAAUAUAAUAUAUAUGAUAAGAUUCCGAUUAUAAAAAAAUGUAAUUAAGAUCAUUGCUUCACACGAUAUUAUCUGAUCAACUGUCUGAGGACAAGAUACAAUAAAGGUAUUGAUUCAUCCUAUCUUGCCACGCAAGACCAAUACACGAUAUACAUGCACAUAGACAUGGCGACGGGGGUUGCGGGGCAAACCCUAAACCACAUGAAAAGAAUACCUAACGUAAUGAAAAUAAUAGAAAGGCUAUUUUUAGCAUACACAGAUUUACAAACGCUAACAAUUAACCACAAAAAAUUGGCUUUAAUACUCGUCUAGAACAUAGACAAGAAUAGAAAAAGUGGAAGUAACCGCACGCUGAUCGCCAGAAGCACGUGUAAAACCAAAACGCCAGAGGCAUUUAGAAGCAUUUAUUUGACAACGAAAAAACAAAACAAAAUCGAAAGUGAGACGAAA